UCACCAAUUUCACCACUACCCGCAGAACAAGGGAUAUACCACCACCAGUACCACCACCACCACCACCACCACUACUGAACAAAGAACUUCACCUCCACCACCACCAACAGACCACCAUCAUCACCACCACCACCACCAACAACAACCCCACACCUCAACACCACCUCCCCACCUCCACUUCCAGAACACCACCACCACCACCACCACGCAGAACAAGGGAUACACCACCACCUCCACCAUCAGUACCACCAUCACCUCAGAACAAGGAACUUCACCUCCACCACCACCAACAGACCACCAUCAUCACCACCACCACCAACAACAACCCCACACCUCAACACCACCUCCCCACCUCCACUUCCGUAUCACCACCACCACCCCCAGUAUCACCAUCAUCAUCACCACAGAACAAAGAACUCACCCCAACCACCACCUUCACCACCACCAACACCACACCACCACCAAACAAGAAACCUCACCACCACCUCCACCUCCAGAUCAUCACCAGAAUGCUACGCUCAACACCACCCCGCGGACACACCAAACCAACAGGAGUGGGGUCACGGGGGGCCCUGCUCUUCCCCUCACGAAGCCAACCUGACCUCACUCUCGUCGGGGUCAAGUCGAAGCUCUCCCCGCGGCCCUUCAGCGCUCCCCAUGCCACCCCGCGAGGUAUAGGGACACGCUACCCCUUCACAACCGUCUGCUACUCCGAUGGGCAUUCUGUGGGGAGUGGCAGCCAGGGAGGAGCAUCUGAUACCCUUAGUGAAGCCCAGGAGUCUGAGGAAGAGGAGGAGGAGGAGCAGGAGAUGGCCAAAAAAGGGGAUACGGUCCUGGUCAAACGUGCGAUCCCUGUGGCACUUCUGGGUCUCCACGCGCAGGUUUCAAAGGAUUCUGCGCUGGGUUCUAGCAUCGCCGGAGCCCCAAGACUACCUCCUGACGAUGCCCACGACUCCGAUCUUGCCUUGGACACCCCGAGAACAAAUGAGGAUACUGAGCAGGCGAAGGAUGAGGAUGAGGAGGAGGAGGAGGAGGAGAACGAAGAUGAAGACCAAAGCAAACGAGAGGAGAAAGAACAUGAAGAGGAAAAGGAGAUGAAGAAAAGGGAUGAAAACGUCGAGGUGUCUGAGGAUGAGGUAGAGGAGGACUUGGAAGAGGAAGAACAAGAGGAAGAGGAGGAAGAGGUGGAAUAUGUUUUGGGGACCCCACAACCAAAGGAACCAGAUAAGGAGAGGAAACCAGACCAAGGAAGUGAAAAGGAGGAAGAAAAAGAGGAAGAAGAGGAGGAGGAGGAGGACACUGACGAAGGCCUAGAAGAAGAUACCAGUGUUACCAAACCAGACAACCCACCCUUACCCCCCAAAAGCCAACCGAACCCCAAACCCAACCAAAAGACCAACCCCAAACAACCUCUAAAACCAUACCAAGUGCCAACGAACCUCAAGACCACCAGACCAAGAAGACGAACCAAAACCAUGACCUCUACCCCGACAAGACCAAUUCCCGUGACCUCCCUGACCCCGCCCCCUGUUAGAGUGACCCUUGACCUUGGAUUCAACGCUAAGGAUGACCAUGAGGCGGGUGAGGUCAACGUGCAGGAGGUCAUUGAUGAGAGGCUAUUGGAGGCGCAGGGAACGGGUCAUCUGAACUUGUCCAACUUAGGUCUGCCGUUCUUCCCUUCCGCUGUCCUUCUUGCCGACGCUUCGAUGAUCCAUCGGGUCAGUCUACAGGACAACAAACUAGUGGACCUCCCGGCGGCCUCCCUAAGCCUGCUGACCCACGUAACCUGGCUUGACCUUCGCUACAACCUGCUGGCCUACCUUCCCCAGGAGAUUAGCGCCCUGGUCAGCCUGCAAGUCCUUCUUCUACAGGGCAACAGGCUAACUGCUCUUCCAACUUCCUUAGGUAUGCUUCCCGCCUUGGUAACACUUCAGGUAAGCGACAACCCCCUAACCUUCCCACCUGAAACCGUGAUCAGAGGAGGGGCAAAAUCCAUCCUCCAAUUCCUACGCGAAGUCUGUGCCGCGACCACCACCAGUAACAUCUGUACCACCAGUAGCUGCGAGAGUGACUUCAGUACCUCUACCCCGGUUAAGAUCCCCGUAAGCACCUGGGAUGGUACCGGGGGGCAGAUGAGACAUGAACACCUGAUAUAUGAUGAGAAUGUGUUAUCAGGUGUGGAAGAUGAAGGGGUGACCAGUGAUGAUAGUGAUGGUGAGGAUGCCGGUGAUUUGUUCCGUGAUACACUGGUGGCAGCGGUGGGAUUAGGUGAUACGGGAGGUGGUAGUGGUAUGAGUGCUAGUCCUGGUUACCUCGACUGUCCACCAUCACCCAUGCCUAGUCUCCGUGUGGCUAUAAGGACCAGCAGAGACUCUAGCCCUUGCCAACACUAUCAUCAACAUCAGCAUCACCAUGAAGGGCUAUGCUUGCCACUACACUCCCAUCUACCGGACAGUGACGGAGACACACUCGCCCCUCCUGCUAGCCCUGUGUCUCCAUGUCUCCUGACCCCGAACACUGACCUCCCAACCAGAACGACCUUUGACCUAACUCGUGAAGGGAUUGAGGCGUACGAGAGGGAGCUGGUCAUGUCUCUUGGUCUUCCUGGGGACGUGGACAUCGAGACACUGCUAGGAAUCACACGGGAUGGCUUGGAGGUCCUUGAGAGACUACCAGAUGGAGAGGUGAAAGAACGACUACUUCGAUGUCUCUCCCAGCGAAACACCUUGCCUGAGCACUUCGAUGGGGCUAUGCCAGAGUUCGGAGGUCAGUUCGCAGGGCAGCAGCCACGACGAGCCCUCCACCUCCACCUCCAGGCAGACUACCAGCAACAAUACUUCGAGGACGACUCCGAAAGCCUACAGGGAGACCUUGGUGAGGGCUACAGAAGACCAUACAGCCAAGUCGUUGAGGACGAGGGUGAUGGCCAAAGAAAGGUAAGCCCGCUGCCCCUUCCCGUCGUGAGCCUGCAGUUGCCGGCUUCAGGAGAGGCGUGGAGCGGCGGAGAGGAGGAGGAUGGGAGGGCAGGAGGACGAGGAAGAAGGAGGACGCAUGGCUCAGGAAAGAGGAUCAAGAGAGGAUCGAAUCGCCUCCAUAAACCCAAGUUGGCGACAGUGGCGGAGGUGCACAGACGAGCCAGGGACGAGAGGAGGAGGCAGAGGGAGAUGCUGGCGGCGGCGAGGGAGAUGACGGAGCAGCAGAGACUCAAGAGUCAGGAAGGGCUGGAGGUGUGGCGAGACGAGACAAGACUUCUACAGGAGCAACGCGCCCUUAGUCCAGAGGGUUACCUGCCGGCGGUGUGUGAGGCGCCCUUCGCUGUGGACGGCAUGAUGCUCACUCCCAGGGCUCGGUCGCGGCUCAAAUCCAGUGGAGGAAUUCGAAGCUCACUCAGUCCCUCAGUCAGCGAGGUGUGUGCCGGGGUAAGAUCCUGCCUGGAGGAGCUGAACAGGACCAAAACAUGUUCAGAACGAAGAAGAGCCGAAGGAGGAGGAGGCGGAGGGAAGGGAGAAGACGGGAUUGACGGUGAAGUAGGAAAAGGUGGAGAUGGAGGAGGAAAAGGAAGAGGAGGAGGAGGAGGAGGAGGAGGAGGGAGGGUAGUCGUGGGGAAUAGUCUAGCUCAUCCCGCGGCUAUCGUACACCAGUUACACCAUUUACGAAGACAGUUACAUCGCCUGAAGGUUAACUGUGUGAUAUAACGUGCGUGUGUGUGUGUGUGUGUGUGUGUGUGUGUGUGUGUUGAAGUUUUCGGUUCCGUCCACUCCACAUUUGAGAUAGAUAGAUAGAUAGA